CCACUCGCCACCACCACAGCAGCACAGCACGGCCCCGCGCCAGGAAGCCCAGAGGGAUCCACGGCGAGCCCGCGCAGCGAGCUGCUCCGACGAUGAUGGCCCUGCAGGUCGCCGGCUGCGCCCUGCCGCCCCUCCUCGCCCGGCGGCGGUGCCGGCGCCGGGCGUUCCGCUCGCCCCGCGCGGUGGCGUCGGACGCCGCGCCGGCGGCGGCGAGGGAGGAGGACGGGAAGGUCGCGCUGGGCGGGUCCGGCGUCGCGGUGACCAAGCUCGGCAUCGGGGCAUGGUCCUGGGGCGACACCACCUACUGGAACGAGUUCCAGUGGGACGAUAGGAAACUGAAGGCAGCGAAAGGAGCAUUUGAUGCGAGCAUCGAUUGUGGAAUAACUUUCUUUGAUACUGCUGAAGUAUACGGAGCUGGGAUAUCAGGAGCCAUAAAUUCAGAAAGUUUACUCGGAAGAUUCAUUAAGGAAAGGCAACGAAAGGAACAAGUCGAAGUGGCCAUCGCAACAAAGUUUGCAGCUCUUCCAUGGAGGUUUGGCCGUGGAAGUGUCAUCUGUGCACUGAAGGCCUCAUUGGAUCGCCUUGGCGUCUCUUCAGUUGAGCUCUACCAACUUCAUUGGCCAGGGAUAUGGGGCAAUGAAGGUUACCUGGAUGGCCUUGGAGAUGCUGUUGAGCAAGGUCUUGUGAAAGCUGUUGGAGUCUCAAACUACAGCGAAAAACGCCUCCGAGAUGCUUAUGCGCGGCUUAAGAAGAGGGGAAUUCCACUCGCUUCAAAUCAAGUAAAUUACAGUCUGAUAUACAGGAACCCGGAGGAAAAUGGGGUGAAGGCAGCUUGCGAUGAGCUCGGAAUUACUUUGAUUGCGUAUUCCCCAAUCGCCCAAGGUGCUCUGACGGGGAAAUACACUCCGGACAAUCCGCCGAAAGGGCCACGAGGACGGAUAUACACUCCUGAGUUCCUGACAAAGCUCCAACCGCUUAUUAACCGGAUCAAGGAGAUUGGAGGAAACUACGGGAGGACCCCAACCCAGGUGGUGCUCAACUGGCUGGUGUGCCAGGGCAACGUGGUGCCGAUCCCGGGGGCGAAGAACGCGGAGCAGGCGCGGGAGUUCGCGGGCGCGCUGGGGUGGAGCCUGUCGGGCGACGAGGUGGAGGAGCUGCGAUCCAUGGCGCGCCAGGUCAAGCCCGUCAUCGGCUUCCCGGUCGAGAAGCUGUGACGACCCGCUCGGCCGACCCCGCUGCCUGCAGCUGGGGUGGAGGAAUUUUGCUGGGAACCACCGCGAAAGACAAAAACCUGAUGACAACCAAGCAGUACAGUACAGUGUAGUAUAGAUAGAUUGACAAGCAUACCAUCUCGAACUGAAACCAAAUGAAAUGAAAGAAAAUACGCGUUGGAAAAACAGCAGAUUACUGCAGUAGCUCUAGUGUUGACCUCUCUUCUCUUUCA